CAGCUCACCUGUGUACCUGUCUGUGGAGCACACCUGUGCCUGUGUACCUGUCUGUGGAGCACACCUGUGUACCUGUCUGAGGAGCUCUUCUGUGUCUGUGUAUCUGUCUGUGGAGCACACCUGUGCCUGUGUACCUGUUUGAAAAGAUCACCUGUGUACCUGUCUGAGGGGCUCACCUGUGUACCUGUCUGUGGAGCAAACCUGUGCCUGUGUAUCUGUCUGAGGAGCUCACCUGUGCCUGUGUAUCUGUCUGUGAAGCUCACCUGUGUACCUGUGUGAGGAAGCUCACCUGUUUCUCAUACCUGUGUGAGGAAGCUCACCUGUUUCUCAUACCUGUGUGAGGACGCUCACCUGUUUCUCACACCUGUGUGAGGAUGAUGGAAGAGGUGUCCAUUGCAGCGGCCUACGACGCCCACAUCAUUAACCAGACCACCGAAGAAGACCUGCUGGCGUCCCUGGUGGCCCAUUCCAAACUGAGAGCCGCGCAGCUACCCAAUCAGAAGCAGCGCGAGAUGAAGAGGAAGGUGCCGUUUCAAAGGGAGAACCAACCACCAAUGAGCAUCGAAAUGUACAAGAGAGAGAACCAGCUGCUGCAGAAGUCCAGCAUUCGUCUGGAGCAGGAGAACGACAUCCUGGCUCAUGAGCUGCUGAACAGUAAGGUGGUGCUCCGGAGGCACCUGGACCAGGUGGAGGACAAGGCCGAGCAGCUGAAUCAGGAGCUCCUCGAGGCCCGACUGCAGCUGCUGGAUUCCACCGAGGAGAUGCAGGUUCAGGAAGAGGCGACGACAAAGCUGAAGGAGGUUUUCCGCGCACAGCUAGAGGAAGCAGAGUCCCAGAGGGAAACGUCAAAUGCCAUUAUGGCUGAGUACAAACAGAUCUGCUCACAGCUGAGCUCCAGGUUGGAAACUGAGGAGGGCCAGGCCAAGGCAGAGCUGGACCGGGUGAAGAGCCUGGUGGGGGACUGUGAGCACUGCCAGGUGGUUUUUGACGAGGUGGGGCAGCUCCGGCCACCCUCAGAGGGGCGUGGCUCGAACCCGGGCCUGAAGACCGGCGCGCUGCAGUCUCGACAGAAGGACCUGGAGCAGGAACUGGCCCAGGUCAAAAUACAGCUUGUGGAGGCAGAGUGCAGGAUCCAGGACUUGGAGCACCAGAAGGGGGCGCUGGAGAGCGAAUUCCAGAACACCCGAAACUGGUUUACCAAAGCUCUGAGCAACCUCAAAAUUCCCCCUGUGCACCAUUAACCCUCCGUCUCUCAGGGGGAAUAGGUCUCACUGCACAGAG